GGCACUUUUUAAGUACUUUAGAAGGGUACCUCCGGAGAGUUCUUCAUCACCUGAGGAACAAUACAUGCAGUAGACAAGCAGGAGGCUUAUUUUGUUAACUCAUAUUUCUGUUCUUUAAAAGUUUUAUAAAGUUAGACUGAAAAUGCAAAGUUGUGUAAAAUCAUGGGGUUUCUUCUCUAGGUCUGUAAGCUUACAGCCUCCUUGCAGCAAGCUGUGUAGUCAAAGCCGCGUUUUAAUGGGGAAACAGCAAAGGAAAUCAAUUGCACAGAGAUAUCAAAACAUGAUGCUUGUUACUGUCCGGGGAUUAAGAAGCUCUGCAGUUUUUUCUUCAUCCAGGCAGAUAGAGAAAAUACUGCCCCGACAUGACGACUUCUCCGAGAGGCAUAUCGGACCAGGUGACAAAGAGAAACGAGAGAUGCUUGGCAUUUUGGAGUUUGAGAGUAUUGAUGAAUUGAUUGACAGAACUGUUCCAGCCAGCAUCCGUUUGCAAAGAAAUCUGAAAAUGGACGAUCCUGUUUGUGAAAAUGAAAUUUUGGAAUCUUUGCAUAAGAUUGCAAACAAGAACAAGCUCUGGAGAUCCUACAUCGGCAUGGGCUAUUACAACUGUUCAGUUCCCCAGGCCAUACAACGAAACCUGCUGGAAAAUUCGGGAUGGGUGACUCAGUACACUCCAUACCAGCCAGAAGUUUCCCAGGGUCGCCUAGAAAGCCUGCUUAACUACCAAACCAUGGUGUGUGAUCUCACUGGCAUGGCGGUUGCCAAUGCCUCUCUCCUGGAUGAAGGCACUGCAGCUGCAGAGGCUAUGCAGUUAUGCCACAGGCAGAAUAAGAAAAGGAAGUUUUACAUUGACCCUCGCUGCCACCCUCAGACAAUAGCUGUGGUGCAGACCAGAGCCAACUACAUUGGGGUAAAAACAGAGCUGAAGUUGCCACACGAGAUGGACUUCAGUGGAAAGGAUGUCUCGGGAGUCUUGUUCCAGUAUCCAGACACUGAGGGCAGUAUUGAAGACUUCACUGGGCUGGUGGACAGAGCUCAGAAGAGCGGGGCCUUAGCCUGCUGUGCAACAGAUUUGCUGGCCAUAUGUGUGCUUCGACCACCAGGGGAAUUUGGAGUGGAUAUCGCUCUGGGGAGCUCACAGAGAUUUGGGGUGCCACUGAGCUAUGGGGGUCCUCAUGCUGCCUUCUUUGCUGUGAAAGAAAAUCUGGUGAGAAUGAUGCCAGGCAGGAUGGUUGGCGUCACAAGAGAUGCAGCAGGGAAGGAAGUAUACCGUCUUGCUCUUCAGACACGGGAGCAACAUAUCCGUAGAGAUAAAGCCACAAGCAACAUCUGCACUGCCCAGGCUCUUCUAGCUAAUAUGGCUGUAAUGUUUGCUGUCUACCAUGGACCUCAGGGGUUGAAGCACAUUGCCAAGAGGGUGCACAAUGCUACCUUGAUAUUGGCUGAAGGUCUGAAGCGCGCUGGACACAAACUGGAACAUGAUAUGUUCUUUGACACGUUGAAGAUUCAUUGCAGUGUGGCAGCAAAGGAUAUCCUGGAGAGAGCAGUGCAACGACAAGUCAACCUCCGAAUGUACAGCGAGGGACUGGUUGGAGUGUCACUGGAUGAAACGGUGACAGAAAGAGAUUUGGAUGAUCUUCUCUGGGUGUUUGGUUGUGAAUCCUCGUCAGAGCUCAUUGCUGAACAAAUUGGAGAUGGACUUAAAGGCAUCAUGGGAACACCAUUUAAGAGAACAAGCAAAUUUCUUACACACACAGUUUUCAACAGCUAUCACUCUGAGACUAAUAUUGUCCGCUACAUGAAACGACUGGAAAAUAAAGACAUUUCUCUUGUACAUAGCAUGAUACCGCUGGGUUCUUGCACAAUGAAGUUGAAUAGUUCCUCUGAACUCGCACCAAUCACUUGGAAGGAGUUUGCAAACAUCCACCCGUUUGUGCCACUUGAUCAGGCUCAGGGUUAUCAGCAGCUCUUCAGGCAACUGGAACAAGAUCUCUGUGAGAUCACAGGGUAUGACAAAAUCUCUUUCCAGCCAAACAGUGGUGCACAGGGAGAAUAUGCUGGUUUGGCUGCCAUUAAGGCUUAUUUAAAUGCAAAAGGAGAGACCCAUAGAACGGUUUGCCUCAUCCCGAAAUCGGCCCAUGGAACAAACCCAGCCAGUGCCCAGAUGGCAGGAAUGAAAAUCCAGUCGGUAGAGGUGGAGAGGGACGGAAGCAUUGAUGUGGCACACUUGAAGGCCAUGGUGGACAAACACAAGGAAAAUCUAGCAGCCAUUAUGAUUACCUACCCUUCCACCAAUGGUGUUUUUGAAGAGAAUGUCCGUGACGUCUGUGAGCUGAUUCACAAGCAUGGAGGCCAGGUUUACUUAGAUGGUGCUAAUAUGAAUGCUCAGGUGGGCCUGUGUCGCCCGGGAGACUAUGGCUCGGACGUCUCUCACUUAAACCUUCACAAAACCUUUUGUAUUCCUCAUGGUGGGGGAGGCCCAGGCAUGGGUCCCAUUGGAGUAAAGAAACACCUUGCUCCGUACCUACCCAGUCACCCGGUUGUUUCUCUCCAGUCUGACAAUACUGCUCAAUCUCUUGGCACCAUCAGUGCUGCACCUUGGGGUUCAAGUGCAAUUUUGCCCAUUUCCUGGGCAUAUAUUAAGAUGAUGGGAGCUAAAGGACUGAAACAUGCCACAGAAAUUGCCAUACUAAAUGCAAACUACAUGUCAAAGAGGCUUGAGAACCACUACAAAGUGCUUUUCAGGGGUAAAAGAGGUUGUGUGGCUCAUGAGUUCAUCCUUGAUGUGAGACCAUUCAAAAAAUCAGCCAACAUUGAAGCUGUGGAUGUGGCAAAGAGGCUGCAGGAUUAUGGUUUCCAUGCUCCCACAAUGUCAUGGCCAGUGUCUGGCACUCUGAUGAUUGAGCCCACUGAGUCAGAGGACAAGGCUGAGUUAGACAGGUUCUGUGAUGCCAUGAUCAGCAUCAGACAUGAAAUUGCUGAGAUUGAAGAGGGAAGGAUGGACUCCCGAAUUAAUCCUCUAAAGAUGGCACCUCACACUCUGGCCUGCAUUGCCUCUUCUAAUUGGGACAGACCCUACUCCAGAGAGGUUGCUGCAUUUCCACUGCCAUUUGUGAAACCAGAGUCCAAGUUUUGGCCAACAAUUGCUCGGAUAGAUGACAUUUACGGUGACCAGCACUUAGUCUGCACUUGCCCGCCGAUGGAAGUUUAUGAAUCGCCAUUCGAAGAGAAAAGGGUCUCUUCAUAAAAACUUGUUUGCAUAAGAUGCCGAAAAGCUGCAGCAUUUGAACUUACUGCAUUUCUGGAACUGUGGGAGUUCUUCAGCAUUUACAAGACUUGGUUUAUAUUUUUUCCUUUGGUGCCAUUUUCCAUUGAUGUGCACUUGGUGCCUCAAGUUUUUAUUGCAUACUGUAUGAAUAGUUGCCUUGACAUGUUAUUUGAUCAAGAACUACUGCUUUAGGAAUGAUUUCAGUGUAACAUAUUUUCUUGUUAUAGUUUUUUGGCAUUCAAGACAUUAGAUAUUGGUGAAUUUUACUUCUGUUUUGACUAUUGUGUGAUUCAACCACAUAAUGCAUUUCUAAGAAUAAUUGUAUUCAUUUUUUUAUGGGGAUAAUUCAUUUAACAAUUUUUUAAUAUUCUUUGUAAAUAGAGCUUAAACUGCUUGUAGCAUUCCAAUAAAAUAUGUUUU